AUGGCGUCCCUGUCUAUCUUCCGUGUUGCGACACGCGCCGUCCGCCCUUCCGGCUUCAUCAGAGCUUCUCAAUUCCCCCGGUCCCGCGUGCAGGCCCCGGCAGCUCUGGCCCUCAACCGUCCUAGCUUCAGCACCACCACGAAGCGUCUGUCCGGUGCCCACGAGGAUGAGACAUACGAGGAGUUCUCUGCUAGAUUCGAGAAGGAAUUCGAUGGCGUUCAGGAUGUCUUCGAGCUCCAGCGUAACCUCAACAACUGCUUCGCCUAUGAUCUCGUCCCCUCCGUUGAGGUCCUCUCCGCUGCCCUGAGGGCUGCCCGCCGUGUCAACGAUUUCCCCACUGCCGUCCGGAUCUUUGAAGGUAUCAAGGCCAAGGUUGAGACUCAGGACCAGUACAAGCAGUACCUCGAGAGCCUUGAGGGUCUGCGCCAGGAGCUUGGUGUUGCUCUCCGGGAGGAGCUCUACCCCAACGAGGAAUAG